GACGAGCCAAUUUUGACUAGCCGUCUUCUAACUACGAAGUAUAAUCUAGUAAUCUACUUGCAUGUUUUUUUUAUUUUUACAUUCAUGCCGGAUAAGUUCUUGACAACUAAUCCCCAAAAUGCCCUUAAAAAAAUCCCCAAAAACCAAGAUUGAAGUGGAGAUUAAUUCUUGAUUUGGUCCUGUUGAGGAGGUUGUAGUAUUGCGAAUGGCUCGGGAGAAGGAUGGAAAGGAAGAGGAGAAGUACGUUUACAGAAUAAGCACCGCCAAAGAGUGGGAUGAUUUCCAGAGUAAUGGUCAUACUUUUGGUGCCGAUCUUGAUAAAUCUACUGCUUGCUUUCAUCUCAGCACUCUUUCUCAGGUACAACCAACCUUGCAAAGAUUUUUUACAGACACUGAUCAGGAGUUAUACCUGCUUCAAGUUGAUUCAGACAAGCUUGGGGAUGGAUUGAUAUAUGAGCUUGUGGAGGGAACCCAUUGGUUCCCACAUUUCUACGGGCCAUCACGUAGUUUUGCUCCUCUUCCUCUUGAUGCUGUCACAAGGGCAGAAAAGAUCACAUUCUCAAACGGCAAGUUCACUUGCAGUUUGCUUGAUUGAGAGGUUCUGCAAAGAGGGCAUUUUACAACUCAUUGCUAUCAGAACCUUCUGUUUAUUAGAUUAAGUUAUAUGAAUAUGAAUUUACUUUGAUCUCGUACUUGGUACUAUUUAUUUUAACUCUUCCCAGACACUUUCAAGAUCACUCCAUUCUGUAAAACUUCUUGCUAUUUGUAUUUCGGGGACAGCUUAUACUACACCUUUUUUUCAAGUAGAAACUA